AUGGGGAGCAUUGCCCCUUCCGCUGAAGACUACACGCCGACCUUCAAGACGCCAUGGAUUGAGACUCCACUGGUCGAAUCGGCCGCCCUCUCUCGUGCCGCUGGAUGCCGAAUUUUCCUGAAGCUGGAGAACGUCCAGCCCAGUGGCUCCUUCAAGUCCCGUGCUAUGGGCAACCAGAUCCUUUCCCAUCUCCGCAAACCCGAAUAUGCCAACCGCCGAGUCCACUUCUACGCCUCUUCCGGAGGAAAUGCCGGACUGGCAGCUGUGUGUGCGGCUCGCAGUCUGGGAUACCCUUGCACCGUUGUCGUGCCUCUAUCUACCAAGCCCUUGAUGAUAGAGAAGCUCAAAGCAGCGGGCGCUGCGGACGUCAUCCGCCACGGCGAGACGUUCUUUGAGGCCGGCUCAUAUAUGAAAGACGUUAUUAUGCAGACCAGUUCCGGUGACGACAACGAUGUGGCGAAAAUUGCCCUUCACCCCUUCGAUAACCAGCCCAUCUGGGAAGGAAACAGCACUAUUAUCGAUGAGCUAGAGAAGCAACUCCCUGCUGCUGCGAACUCCGAGGAGGAGCAAGUUUACCGCGGGCGGGCGCUCCCUCUCGAUGCAGUCCUCUGCAGCGUCGGUGGUGGCGGUCUUCUCAACGGCCUAAUUAUGGGCCUCGAGAAGCGGCGGUCUCAGAAGCAGAACGGCUUCUCUGGUUCGUCAGCCACUGGUCACGCAUACAUGGACAUCUGUCCCUCCGAAACACCCUCCUCUCGCACUGUGGAUGGUCAGCCUAGCCUUAUUCACCUGCUCGCCAUUGAAACCGAUGGCACCGAUUCAUUAGCCACUUCUAUCGCUCAUAAUGCUCUCGUCUCCCUUCCCAAGAUCACAUCCCAAGCUACCUCGCUUGGCGCCAUCCGCGUAUCUGAAACCACCUUCCAGUACGCCGUGGCUCCUCCCCCCGGCAUCAAAGUGCACAGUGCCGUGCUUACAGAUGCCGAAGCCGCCCGAGGCGUGCUCCGUCUCGCAGACGACGAGCGACUCCUCGUCGAGCUGGCCUGCGGUGUCUGCAUCGAGGCGGCUAUUGGCGAUACCGCCACCGCCGCCGCCGAAACCUCCGCAUCGGCGCAUGCCGUACCUGGGGGCCAAAGCCCCAAGAAACGGGGGGAGUUGAAUGACUCUGACCUUACCCGAGAUGAAGGCUACGGGGAUGACCGAUCGUCCUCGGCAGAUAACGAGACGGACCAUGAGAACGAGCCGCAGGUCGGCGACCAAACCAAGUCUGCCUCUCCUGUGCUCAACUCUAAGCUCAAGCAGUUGAUCCCGGACCUGAACGAGCAGAGUAGAGUUGUUAUCGUUGUUUGCGGGGGAAGUAAUGUGACUAUCGACAUGGCCAGCGAAUAUAGACGGUUAUUGUCUGAGGGCUGGGUUUGA